AUGUCCUCGACGGCACCGCCUCAUCUCCUGCAACGCAUGCAAGAAAAGAAACAGGAGCUGGAACACCUUCUCGCGCUCCGUCAGCUCGCAAGUCAUCUCCAGACGCACUUUGAUGAACUCUCUGAUAAGUUUGAUGGCCUCAUGCAAGGCAACCAAGCGACAUCAAGCGUGCUUGAAAACUGGGCAGGUGUCUUCAGGACCAUCGAUCUGACAGAAAAAUUCACAUCGCAGGACCAAGAUCAACAGGAGCAGGAAAAGUCAUCGUUGGUCAGGAUUCCAACGGCGUAA